CUCCCCGAUUCCUGCCUGAAGCAGCCGCGCGACGUGCGAUUUUCACCAUGUCGUCAACAGGAGUCAACGUCCUCCGGUGGUCCGCCCUCGCCUUUGGCGUGUUCUACGGCUUCUCCCACCAGCGCACCAUCACCACCACACAGCGAGCUCAGCACGCGCAGCACGAGUACGAGCAGAAGCAGAAGCUGAUAGACCAGGCCAAGGCCGAGUACGCAAAGAAGAACAGCCCAGUCACGGCAGCAACAAACGAUGCCGCUACCGAUGUCAACAGCCCUGAAUUUGACCUCGAGAAGUACCUGCUGAAGAUCGCCAAGGAGAGCCCUUAACGCAACCAAAACGUGGAGUGAUGGAGGGGUGAGGAGCAAGGAAGCGAUGUUGAAAAAAAGUUGAGAGAGGCUGGCGGGCGAAGAAGAUGCGGCCGUCAUGAAGACCCAAAAAAAGCCCUGCGAGGCAUAAUGAGACACCACAGACUGCAAAGGCAGUGUAUAUUUUGAAACUACACGUGGCGCCGCUGCAUAGAGGUUUCCUGGGGUCAUUUGUUUGGUGAACUGUACUAUGUAAAAAUAUGCGCAAUUAGACGAUUCAAAGCUAAAAGAAAAGUUUACAAGAGUAUCAACAACGUUGUGAGAAAUAAAUCAACGUUUAAAUGGGCA